AUGAAAAAGUAACAUCAAAGUAUUUUAGAGAAGGUUACUAUCUUAAUAAUUUUGAUUGCAAAUAUUAUCUAAGGUUCUUGGUGGAUAUAUUUAGCAAUAAAUGAAGAAUACAUAAUAAAUUAUUAGCUUUGCAUAUUAUAGACUAUUUGUUUAUUAACAAGAAUAUGCUAAUCUCUAUUGAUUUACAAAAAUUUGGGACUUAAAUUGUUUUUGCAUGUAGUUUCUCUUUUAUAUUACAUUGUCUAUAUAGAAUCCUUUUUACUGUUGUAAUAUAAUUAACCUUUAGAUAUAUUGACGAAUAGUUUCUUAAUGAUGAUUGCUUAUAUACAGUAUGUAUCGAUAGCAGUUCAAAAAUUAAGUUAAAUUUGUAAGAUUGGACUUCCGAUUUAUCUUGUUACAAGAACUAUUUGGAUACUUAUAAGUUCAUUUAAACUCUAAAAUUUAGAGAAUCUAGUUAUUGUAAUAGUAUUUUGUAUUCACUAAAUGAUUCUAAGUUAUUUGGAGAUAAAAAAAAAUGUUUAAGAUGAUAAGCCUAUUUAAGAAAUAAAAAAACAAUUUGAUAAGGAAUCUCCUUCAAUUGUUGAAAAUUAUUUAAUGCAUUCAUAAAUAAAAUCAUAAAGCAAAAUAACAAAUUAAAUCACCUAAAAAAUGUUUUACAAUAUUAUUAAAAGAUCUUCCAGAUGAACAUAAAUUAAAAUAGUAUUCAAAUUUAACAAGCUUUUCAAGAUCUUAAAAAUUUAACAGAAGCUUUGUAAGUUCAUAAAAUUCAAUGUUUCAAUUAUAUUAAAAUCUUAUAAAUCUAUUUCCUCAUGGUUUAUUGAUUUUAAAUUAGGCAUAGUAGAUUAAUUAUAUAAAUAAAAAAUGUGAAAAGAUAUUGGAAUGUUAAGGGAGUGAAUUAGUAUUAGAAAAAGUAAAAAUGUGUGUAAAUAGUGCAAAAAUGCAAGAUAAUUUAAGUGAGUUAUCAAAUAAAGUAUUCAAAAAAUAAUUACAUUAUUAUGCCUUAUAAUAAAUAGUUAAGAAAUUGUAAAGCCAUAAUCUUCCUUUUGAUGUUUUAGAUAUUAUUUUAUAACCAUAAAAAUAUUUUGAAAUCUUAGAGCAUAAUUAAAUUCAAAUAAGCAAGGAUAUAUUAUAAUCAUUCAAUUAACAAAUUUUUAUUUAUGAAUGGUUUAUCAAAUCUGAGCUUAUGAUACACAAUUUUUAAAAGAAAUUGAAACUAAUAAUUAUCCCAACAUCCAUGACAAAUUAAUAAUAAGAAUACUUUUCAGCUCCUUCACAAAUAAAGUCUUCAAGUAAAAGCCAUUUUUCAAAUAGUAAUGAUCCUGAAAAUCCUGUUUUACUAAUAAUAAUUAAGAAUAUUACUAGUAAAUAUAAAUGUUAAUAAUUAAGAGAUGAAUAAAUCAUUCAUCAUAGUCUAAUUAAAUCUUUUUCUCAUGAGUUAAGAACACCUUUGAAUAGUUGUUAACAAAUGUUGAAUCUAAUGAAAUAUUAAUCAUCUACAAAGAAUUACUAAGAGUACCUUGAUAUUGCUUAAUGUUCUAUUACAUUAUUAAUUCAUCAAAUAAAUGAUAUAUUAGAUUAUGCUGCAAUAUAAUCUUUUUCCUUCUCCUAUAAUAUUUAAAAUUUUACUUUAAAUCAAAUCAUCGAAGAAAUUGAGCAUUUAUAUAAAAUAUAAAUGGCUUAAAAAAGCAUUGAAUUCAAAAUUGAAAUCUCAGAGUAAUUGAUAAAUAAGAGCAUUUCUAAUGACAAAUAAAGAAUAACUUAAUUAUUAGUAAAUUUGUUAAAUAAUUCAGUCAAAUUUACAUAAGAAGGUGGUACUAUUUGUUUGAGUAUUAUUGAAGUUAAUAUUUUGUACAUAAAUAUUAUAGUAAAAGAUAAUGGAAUUGGAAUAGAUGAGCAUAAACUAAAUUAAAUAUAAAAUAGUUUGCAUGAUACAUUAGAAUUUGGAGCUUUUAUGAAAUCUCAUUCAGCCAUUAAAUAGUUAGGUUUAGGAUUAAAUAUUGCUGCAAAAUUAAUUGAAGGAUUAGUUGAAUCUAAAGAUAAUAAAUUAAUUAUCAAUUCAAAGAAAAGUAAAGGGACAAUAGUAUAAUUUCAGAUAGAAAAUUAUUAAUAUAAGAAUUAAAUGUCUUCUCAUUUACCAAACCCAUAAAGUGAAAAGUUGAGUUUUUAAAGACACCAAACUUAAGGAUUAUUGGAUUAUGAUGAAAUUAUUCAAACAAUUAAAGAAAAUCCAAAAAUUAAAAAUUAAAAAGAAUAUAUAGAUAAAGAUUUAGACUCAUAUAAUAAUACUUCUAGAUUAAAUGAUUUAGAUAAACAACCCCAAAUCUUUUUACCUGUCAGUCCUUGUUAUUUUUCAAAUAAAUUUAAUUAUUCUAAUGAAUAUCUUUAAAAUUAGCAGGAAUCUUAAUUUCCUACAAGAUAAUAAUCUAUUUGUUAGAAUUGCAUACAUAUAUUAAUUGUAGAUGAUAUUCCAUUUAAUUAAAUUGCUCUUAAAAUGAUACUUUAGAAAUUUUCAAUGGAAGCAGAUUAAGCAUUUGAUGGAUAUUAAGCUAUUGAAAUGGUUAAAUAAAAAUAAUAAUAACAUUGUCAAACUUAUAAAUUAAUCUUCAUGGAUAUAGAAAUGCCAGGAAUUGAUGGCUUUUAAACAAGUAAACAUGUAAUAUAAUAAUUAUUAUUAUUUUAGAUUCUUGAAAUUACAUCUAAUUAAACUUUUAUAGUUAUAUGUUCUGCAUAUGACACUUAAGAAAAUUUAUAAUAAGGUCGAAAUCUAGGAAUUAAUACUUUUAUCAUUAAACCUGUUAAAUAAGAUGAAUUGGGAGUAGUUCUAAAUUAGGUUUUUGAAGAUAAAUGA